AUGACAACACCAUCAUCGGGCGCUUGUCUGAAUCCAUUUACAAAUACUAAUUUUUAUGGCAAUCCAUAUUCGAUAGAUGUACCAUAUCAGAACCAAUCGAAUCAUUAUUGCUUCGGAGAGAAUGUAUCAUCGGGCGUGAUCAUGGAUACGGUCGGAAUGGAGAUUAAUGAGGAGGAUGAAAUAGAAUUCGAAAAAAAUUGUUCAGGUGUACAAAUUGGAAGUUUAAAAAAUUAUUCUCGAAAACGUCGUUCGCUUUUCGAAAAUGAUGCGCCGCUGUGUAAGCGACGAAUGGAAAAAGUUAGUGCUCGUUUAGAAAAUUUUCACAUAUCAAACGAUCCUGGUCCAUCAAUGCUGGAUUCGAAAGAUAGUGACUCAGAAGAUACUGCCGAGGAAGAUAUCGAAAAAGAUGAUGCACUGUUAAUUCUAGACGAAAGGCUACGGAAGUAUAUCGAGCAUGAGCGUAAAGCUCCUCCUAUUACCAUUAGCAAUCCUUUGUCGAUGGCUUUGGUACCUUAUGUACCUCCCAUAUCCUACAAUAAUUCAACAAUGAUUGGGCGAAUCAAAGAAAUUAAUAUUGAGGAUGCGGUAGAGUACGCGUCUAAUGAUAAUGGUUUUGUUACUUUCCCAGAUGAUACAUGUGCAGUAGAGUCGGGAAAUUGCUCGAAUGAGACGAUUGCUCAAAGCACUAAAUUGCCAUCUUCUGUAAUGAAUGUCACGGAAAUAGACACGGAUGUGCAGAAUGAUGCUGCUAUGGAAAUCGACAGUUUAUAG